GACCAACCCACUCUGCUGCUUCGGUUUCUCCCCUCCUCUUCCGGAGCGAGGAAGGAAGGAACCCGAAAUCAGACACCCCCAAACCCUCACCGCUCGCCGCCGAUGGUGGGCGGCUCCUCCCCCUCCCCGGCCUCCGCGCCCGUUCAGGUGCGCUGCGCGGGCUGCCGCGGCGUCCUUGCUGUUGCCCCCGGCAUGACCGAGUUCAUCUGCCCCAAGUGCCAGAUGGCGCAGCGGCUGCCCCCGGAGCUCAUGCCCAAGCUAUCCUCCUCGACGCCCUCCCCGCCCAAAUCAUCCGCUGCCCCCACCCUCCCGUGUCCGCCGCAGCCCCGGAAAGGGGCGUCGCAGGCGCGGGGUGUGGACCCCACGAAGAUCCAGCUCCCUUGCACCCGCUGCCAGGCCGUCCUCAACGUGCCCCAUGGUCUAGCCAACUUCCGCUGCCCGCAGUGCGGCGUCAGCCUCGCAGUGGACCUCUCCAAGCUCCAGAACUUGGUCACUUCCUCCAGCAACGGUGCGACCGCCCUAGUCUCGGGGACCACGCCUUCAGUGUCAAUUCCUCCGCCCGUGCCCUUCCUCCCCGUGUUGACCCAACCGCCACAGCUGGUAGCUGUCCCAACGAUGCUGCCCACCGCCGAGCUGCCUGAGGAGAUCAACGAGGUCGCAAUUGAUGUUGAGCGUGAAGAAGAUGAAGGUGGUACUGUUGGAGAAACUUUCACUGACUAUAGGCCUCCAAAACUAUCUCUUGGUCUGCCACAUCCAGAUCCAGUGGUCGAAACUUCUUCUUUGUCAGCUGUACAACCUCCUGAGCCGACCUACGACUUGAACAUAAUGGAUGAAUUGGAUAAAACUAAGACAUUGUCUUGCUUACAAAUUGAAACAAUAGUUUAUGCUUGUCAGCGGCACCUUUAUCAUCUCCCUACUGGUGAUAGAGCAGGUUUUUUCAUUGGUGACGGUGCUGGUGUUGGUAAGGGCCGAACAAUUGCUGGAUUAAUCUGGGAGAAUUGGCAACAGGGAAGGCAUAAGGCAGUGUGGGUAUCCGUUGGUUCUGACUUGAAGUAUGAUGCUCGAAGAGAUUUAGAUGAUGUUGGUGCAAAAUGUGUACAAGUGCAUCCAUUAAAUAAGCUACCAUAUUCCAAGCUUGACUCAAAAGCCAUUGGGAUCAAGAGUGGAGUAAUUUUUGUAACUUACAGCAGCUUAAUAGCAUCAUCCGAGAGAGGCCGUUCCCGUUUGCAGCAACUGGUCCAAUGGUGUGGACCUGAGUUUGAUGGUCUCGUAGUGUUUGAUGAGUGCCACAAAGCCAAAAAUCUGAUCCCUGAUGCAGGGAGCCAGCCCACUCGCACCGGUAAAGCAGCUCUUGAGAUCCAGGAAAAGUUACCUGAGGCUCGUGUUGUUUACUGCUCAGCAACUGGUGCAUCAGAACCACGGAAUUUGGGCUAUAUGGUUCGGCUCGGACUCUGGGGGGAUGGAACAUCAUUUCAGGAUUUUACACAAUUUUUAGGUGCACUUGAGAAAGGUGGUGUGGGUGCUCUUGAACUUGUUGCUAUGGACAUGAAAGCUAGGGGUAUGUAUGUUUGUCGCACACUAAGUUAUAAGGGGGCUGAUUUUGAUAUUGUGGAGGCUCCUCUUGAGGAAAGAAUGAUGAAUAUGUACGGAAAGGCAGCCGAAUUCUGGGCUGAGUUGCGUCUUGAGCUCCUAUCUGCAGGUGAAUUCUCUGGAGAAGAGAAGGGCAUUUCAAAUCAGAUAUGGAGGCUAUACUGGGCCAGCCAUCAGCGUUUUUUCAGGCAUAUGUGCAUGUCUGCGAAGGUACCUGCUGUUGUGAGAUUGUCUAAGGAGGCCUUGGCUGAGAAUAAAUGUGUGGUGAUUGGUCUUCAGAGCACUGGAGAGGCUCGAACAGAGGAAGCUGUGACAAAAUAUGGUGUUGAAAUGGAAGACUUUGUUUCUGGUCCUCGGGAGCUUCUUCUUAAGCUAGUAGAAGAAAACUACCCUUUACCUCCAAAACCUGAUUCGUUUCAGCAAGAUGAAGAAAAAGCCAUGGAGAUCCAACGUAAGCGGCAUUCUGCACCAGAUGUAUCUUUUAAAGGGCGAUUUAGGAAAGUAGCGAAAAUGGAAGAUGUGAGCGAUAAUGAUACCGAUGACUAUUCUCCGUCUGAUUCAGAUCGUGAAUCAACAGAAUCUGAUGAGGAGUUCCACAUGUGUCAAAUCUGCAACACAGAGGAGGAGAAGAGUCUAUUGCUUCACUGCUCUGGUUGUUCCCGACGUGUUCACCCUAGUUGCCUGAGACCUCCUUGGACUGGGAUAUUAACUGAUGAUUGGUCAUGCUACACCUGCAAGAAGGUAGAAGGGGAGGAAAGAGAGCAAGAUGCUCAUGUGGCUGAUUUUUCAAAGAGGUACAACGCCGCAGUAGAGAGAAAAUUGAAGAUUUUGGAUACAAUACGUUCUUUAGAUCUCCCUAAUAAUCCUCUGGAUGAUAUUAUUGAUCAGCUAGGGGGACCUGACAGUGUCGCAGAAAUAACUGGACGACGUGGUAUGCUAAUAAGAGCAACAGAUGGAAAAGGCGUUAUUUAUCAGGCGCGGAACGCGAAAGAAGUCUCAAUGGAGAUGAUAAAUAUGCAUGAAAAGCAGCAGUUCAUGGAUGGCAAAAAAUUAAUUGCAAUUAUAUCUGAAGCGGGGUCAGCUGGUGUUUCUCUACAUGCUGACAGAAGGGCAAAAAACCAGAGAAGAAGAGUACACAUAACACUUGAACUACCUUGGAGUGCAGAUCGCGCAAUACAGCAGUUUGGGAGAACUCAUCGUUCUAAUCAAACUUCUGCACCACAGUAUAGGCUUCUUUUUACAAAUCUUGGUGGUGAAAAGCGAUUUGCGUCAAUUGUGGCAAAAAGACUCGAGUCCCUUGGAGCUUUAACACAAGGAGACCGCAGGGCAGGACCUUCUCUGAGUGCUUUCAACUAUGAUAGCAAUUAUGGGAAAAAAGCGCUAACGAUGGUGUAUAGGGGAAUAAUGGAACAUGAUUCUUUUCCAGUUGUUCCUCCAAGGUGUUCUGACGACCAGGCCAGCAUCCAAGAAUUCAUUACUGAGGCAAGAUUUGCUCUAGCAUCAGUUGGAAUUAUAAGGGAUGCCAUAGUAUGUAAUGGAAAAGAUGCUGGGAAGCUUUCUGGUCGUAUUGUUGAUUCAGAUAUGCAUGAUGUUGCUCGGUUUCUUAACCGCCUUCUGGGACUGGCUCCGAUCAUCCAGAAUAGGUUGUUUGAUCUUUUUACAAGUAUACUUGAUGUUGUCCUUCACAACGCACGAAUAGAAGGACAGCUGGAUUCUGGAAUUGUUGAUAUCAAAGCUAAGAAUGUUGAAAUGAAAGAAUCGCCAAAGACCGUUCACAUUGAUAACUUGUCUGGUGCUUCGACAGUACUGUUUACUUUCACCAUUGAUAGGGGUGUUACUUGGGAGGCGGCAAAGGCAAUGCUUGAUGAAAAACAGAAUGAUGGUACUGCUUCUUCUAAUGAUGGAUUUUAUGAGUCCAAAAGGGAAUGGAUGGGGAGAAGACACUUCACUCUAGCUUUUGAAGGCUCAACUGAAGGAAUAUACAAAAUAAUUCGACCUGCUGUCGGUGAAGCAUUAAGGGAGAUGCCUUUAAAUGAACUGAAAAGCAAGUAUAGGAAGGUUACAUCAAUAGACAAAGUUAGCAAAGGUUGGCAAGAAGAAUAUGAUGUUUCAUCGAAGCAGUGUAUGCAUGGUUCCAAAUGCAAAGUUGGGAGCUAUUGUACAGUAGGAAAAAGGUUGCAAGAGGUUAACAUUUUGGGUGGUCUCAUACUUCCAGUCUGGGGUACUAUAGAAAAGGCCCUAGCUAAACAGAUCCGUCAAAAUCACAAGCGAAUACGUGUUGUCCGUUUAGAAACAACAAAUGACAAUCAACGAAUUGUUGGACUAUUCAUUCCGAAUGCAGCAGUGGAAUCAGUGCUAACAGGCUUGCAAUGGGUACAAGAUAUUAAUGGUUGACAUGGAAAUACUCUUUUUUUUCUGACAUUCAUAUUGGUGUUGUUGAUCACCUUCCUGAUGUUAGAUGCAACAGCUUUCAGAGGCUUGGCACAUUUAGUUCUGUUCCUAAUGAGCUGGCACGCUGGUUUGUCUAAUUUAUUGGAGUUGUUAGCAUAGAAAUUAGGCAAGUAAAUACUACGGAGUAGCAACUUCUUUUGUAUGUAAAGGAUGAUGUGUACCAUCAGUGCUUGUUCUCCGUUUGGUUUAUAUGGUGUACAUUGUAAUUUAAAGCAACUAAAUGCUCACAUAAUCUCGGAAGAACAAAAUAUACGCACCUCAUCAAGAUGGUAUCUUCGUGUUUGCCCCAGAGGUAUGGUCGUUUAUGCC